ACGGUAUGGAAAUUGAACCCUAAAAUGACCUUAUAUUUGAUUUUAUUUUUAUAUCAUUUGAUUACUAUCAAACCAUUGAAUUUGCAGCCUCUGGGAGACGGGCAGCGAGUGACGAACCCCAAUUUAGGACUGACGGAAACUGAGGUUGCAGCAUGUAUUGGGCGGGAAAUUUUCCAAACUGUUGGUGAGCAGCCUCAGAACAUUGAUGCAUGCGGCAUAUGUCAGGAGGACUAUGUUCACGGUGAAGAGCUUGGAAGAUUGGAUUGUGCGCACAGAUAUCACCUUUCUUGCAUCAGGCAGUGGUUGCUCAUCAAGAACAGAUGCCCUGUUUGCAAGAAAAUGGCUCUCACCAUUAUAGACUUGGAGGAUGACGAGGAACAUACCAUGAGUUUAUUUUAGAUGAAAUCAAUCUUAAAUGGAGGAAUU